GUCUCGCCCCGCCCUUCGUAAGCCGCAGGGUCCCUGCCGGCCGCGCCGCGGGCCUGCUCCUCCUCCUCUCCGCCCCGCCGGCUGCGGGUGCGGGGGACGUCAGCGCUGCCAGCGUGGAAACCGCUGCGGGCCGCGGGAGGCGGAAGUAGAGCCCGGCGCCGCGGGAACAUCGCGGGACACCUCAGCCAUGGACGCGUCCCUGGAGAAGAUAACAGACCCUACAUUAGCUGAAAUGGGAAAAAACUUGAAAGAGGCAAUGCGGAUGCUAGAGACCAGCCAGAGAAGAAUAGAGGAGGAAAAUGGAAAGAAGCCAAUAUCAGAGGACAUUCCAGGGCCACUUCAAGGCAGUGGACAAGAUAUGGUGAGCAUUCUCCAGUUAGUUCAAAAUCUGAUGCAUGGAGAUGAAGAUGAGGAGCCCCAGAGCACCCGAAUCCAGAAUAUUGGAGAACAAGGUCACAUGGCUUUGUUGGGUCAUAGUCUGGGUGCUUAUAUUUCAACUCUGGAUAAAGAAAAGCUGAGAAAACUUACAACCAGGAUACUUUCAGACACUACCUUAUGGCUACGCCGGAUUUUCAGGUAUGAAAAUGGAUGUGCUUAUUUCCAUGAGGAAGAGAGGGAAGGACUUACUAAGAUCUGUAGGCUUGUCAUUCAUUCUCGCUAUGAAGACUUUGUAGUGGAUGGAUUCAACGCGUUAUAUAACAAAAAGCCUGUCAUAUAUCUUAGUGCUGCUGCUAGACCUGGCCUGGGCCAAUACCUUUGUAAUCAGCUUGGCUUACCCUUCCCCUGCUUGUGUCGUGUUCCCUGUAACACUAUGUUUGGAUCCCAGCAUCAGAUGGAUGUUGCCUUUCUCGAGAAACUGAUUAAAGAUGACAUAGAAAGAGGAAGGCUGCCUUUACUGCUUGUUGCAAGUGCUGGUACUGCAGCAGUUGGACACACAGACAAGAUUGGACGUUUGAAGGAGCUCUGUGAGCAGUAUGGCAUCUGGCUUCAUGUGGAAGGUGUGAAUCUGGCAACAUUGGCUCUAGGUUAUGUCUCCUCAUCUGUGCUGGCUGCAACUAAAUGUGAUAGCAUGACACUGACUCCUGGCCCAUGGCUAGGUCUGCCAGCCGUUCCUGCAGUGACGCUCUACAAACAUGAUGAUCCUGCCUUGACCCUAGUUGCUGGUCUUACAUCAAAUAAGCCUGCAGACAAACUUCGAGCCCUGCCGCUGUGGUUGUCUCUACAAUACUUGGGACUUGAUGGCAUUGUGGAAAGAAUAAAGCAUGCCUGUCAGCUGAGUCAACGGUUACAAGAAGGUUUGAAGAAAGUGGACCACAUUAAAAUCUUGGUUGAAGAUGAGCUCAGUUCUCCAGUAGUGGUGUUCAGAUUUUUCCAGGAAUUACCAGACUCAGAUCCAGCGUUUAAAGCUGUCACUGUAUCCAACAUAUCACCUGCAGCAGUUGGCCGAGAGAGACACUCCUUUGAUGCACUGAACCGCUGGCUAGGAGAACAGUUAAAACAGUUGGUGCCUACGUGUGGCCUCACUGUCAUAGACCUGGAGGUAGAUGGCACAUGUGUGCGAUUCAGCCCUUUGAUGACCGCAGCAGUGUUAGGAACUAGAGGAGAAGAUGUGGAUCAACUCAUCAGCUGCAUCCAAAGCAAACUGCCUGUGCUGACCUGCACGCUACAGCUACGAGAAGAGUUCAAGCAGGAGGUGGAAGGGAUGGCAGGCCUCCUGUAUGUUGAUGACCCCAACUGGCCUGGAAUCGGGGUUGUCAGGUAUGAGCAUGCUAAUGACGAUAACACCAAUUUGAAGUCUGAUCCAGAAGGGGAAAAAAUACACACUGGACUUCUAAAAAAGUUAAAUGAACUGGAAUCUGACCUCACAUUUAAAAUGGGCCCUGAGUACAAAAGCAUGAAGAGCUGCAUUUACAUUGGCAUGGCAAGUGAUGAUGUGGAUGUUUCUGAGCUCGUGGAGACCAUUGCAGUCACAGCCCGGGAAAUUGAGGAAAACUCAAGGCUCCUAGAGAACAUGACAGAAGUCGUUCGGAAGGGGAUUCAGGAGGCUCAGGUUCAACUACAAAAGGCAAAUGAGGAACGACUUCUGGAAGAGGGUGUGUUGCGGCAGAUCCCUGUAGUAGGAUCCGUACUGAAUUGGUUUUCUCCAGUGCAAGCUUCACAAAAGGGAAGAAGUUUUAACCUAACAGCAGGCUCUCUGGAGUCCACAGAAUACACAUAUGUCUACAAAGUACAAGGUACAGGAGUGACACCACCUCCCACACCCUCAGGCACUCGAAGCAAACAGAGACUUCCAGGUCAGAAGCCUUUUAAAAGAUCGCUGAGAGGCUCAGAUGCUGUGAGUGAGACCAGCUCAGUCAGCCACAUUGAAGACCUGGAAAAGGUGGAACAGCUGUCCAGUGGGCUAGAGCACAGCAACCUAGAGGCCCACUGCCCCGAGCAGCCCCUCAAGGCUCCUGCCCCCACGGCCAGACAGACUGAGGCCCUGCAGAACAAGGCCCAGCAUCCGGAAGAUGACCACUCACAGGUAGAGGAGCUGGAGCGCUUAAGAUAAAGCUCAGUAGUACUGGGCUCGAAGCUGUAUUGACUAUUGUUUCAGGGAAGAUGACGUUUUUAUUGAAAAUGUGAACUGUGCCACAAGCUAGUAUGAUAGAAAUUGCUGUUGUUUGUGCUAAACUGGGAGUUUUGCACAGACACGUCAGAAAACCAGACUUCUCUGGGGGAGGUGUGGGCAAUUAUUUUAUGUGUAAGUAGAACAACCGACAGUUGACUCUUUUGGCCUGCCCGAGGCAUACCCUUUCUUCCUGUACCAUAAACAUUUUGUACUGAGAGAACAUGUGGACUUCAAGCACCUGCCACUUGGAACACUGCUCUCUCUCCAAACUUACUUGUGAUUAGGCCACUGCAUACAAUGACUCUCCAGGUUCUCCUCCAUGCUUCUGUCUUAGCUCUGUAGUUUGGUCAAGUUGUGGUAGAUGCCUGUCUCACUGAGUGGCAUCAGGGAAUGGGUUUCAAUAGGACCCUGAGUAAGAGCACUAUAAGUCCUCUGCUGCUGUCCCCACUGCUCCUUUUCCUGGAGCCUAAGGAUGGACUGUCCACAUGAGCCAUGGCACUAGAACUGUCCCCUGCUGUCCCCUUUUCCCCCUUUGUUAAACAAAUUUAAGGACUCAACUAUUAAUAGUAACUAACUAUAAGAUCUCUUCCUGACCAUAUUUAAGUAUCUUUUUAAACACUGGUAAAGCUUUUAAGUUGGUACCCAGUGUGUACUGUUUAUGUCUACUUAGGACAGAAAAGCCCUCUGGAGGCAACCAUGAGGAGCCUAAUGUCUGCUGUGCAGCACGGUAAAGGCUGAAGCAAGCAAGCCUUUCACCUGUUUCUCAAGAUGUGGCUGUAGCUUCUCUUCUACUUGAAGCUCAUCCUGGGCCCAGCUCAGAAAAGAGCCAGAGAAGUUGCCUCUUCCAGGCUAAGCAGCCAGAGCUUGCUGCCUAAUUCCCGUCCAUUUCUGUUUCCCAAGUACUGUGUCACUCGUAGUACUCUUAAGAUGACCCACCCCGUGCCUUUUUAGUUCCUAAAAGUCAAACAGUGGAAGAUGCUAAGAGGAUGGGCCUGUGGAUUGUAGUGUUGGAAGCCUUAGUUAUACCACAUUAAGCCUAUAAGUACACUGAUUUGAUGUGAUUUUUGACAGUUGCCACUUGUCAAAAUGCAAUCUUUCCCUUUUUUGGGUGCAAAUGAUUAAAUACAGUCUUCCCUGUUUAUUCGGUGCAAUGAAGUAUAGCAGGUGACAUGGGGGAGGGGUAAAUUAUCACCUUUAACAAGAUUGAUUUUUAAAUGCUUUUAUACAUUUGGAAUUGUUACCUGGUUUUGCUGCAACAGAAUUUUACCUUGAGACACUAUCUGAUGUUGGCUUAAAUAAAGGCUCUUGAACUUGC